AUGACCGGCGACUUUGAUACGAGGCGCGGGAUUGCCGCCGCCCAAAUCCCCAUCUUCAGCGUCUUCCUUGGCUUCGGCGUCUUCUUCAGACUCCAACGCAAGAAUGGCUGGUUCAGCAUCUCCCUUUUCUCUACGAUCCGGCUCGUAGGUGCAAGCUGCAUGCUGGCAACAUUAACCACCGACGCUCGCGGAGUCUGGGCCGCCGUGUUCGUGUGCGAGUCCCUCGGCCUCGUCCUCUUGACUUUUGUCCUGCUAAACCUGCUGAAGAGCGCCAACGAAUGCCUAAAUGUCUGGACCAGUUGGCAUUUCCGAAUACCCGAACUUAUUUGCUGGGCGGGAAUCGGUGUCUCUGUCGCCGACUUUGUUGGUGCCAGCAAUCGAGAGAACGCAAUGGCGCCGAGCGUCCUGACGCGUGUCAGUGUCGGUCUCUUUGUCGCGCUCUUUGCAUGGACAGUCCUAUUAUUCGUCUACAUAUUCCAGUCACGGCAUCAACUGCCAGCCACUCAGAAGCAUGGUGUCGUCGGCGUUGGCAUCGCGAUCCCUUUCAUGACGAUCCGCACGCUACAAACGUUGAUAUAUACCGCCACCGCCGCGGCGCGCUUCAGUGCUGUAACUGGAAGCGCCAUGAUAUACCUUUUUAUGACGAUGCUGCCAGAGGUAGGUGUGUUGUCCUCUAUCGUCUGGGCCAUCAUGGGCUCGCUACCAACGUCUAAGAAGGUGCGAGUGCCGAGUGAGGAUGGUGGCGAGUUCAGCGACCUCACAGCUGAAGGGAGGAGAACGUAA